CGGCUGCCUUUGGACCGACAAUGGCUUUGCCGAGCUGUGCUUCUCAAGUCGGAUGGCUUCAUUGACCACUCCCGUCACCAAUCUUCAUCCCGCGACUCGCUCACCCAAACAGUACUUGGAAUCAUUCGAAUCGUGCCGGUACUCGCAGUGAGUAAGUAGUAUACGCAGGAAAGAGCUCGGUGGAAAAGCUCACAGGAGAUUAUUGAAACCGAACCGGAGUCUACUGCAGCUCGCGCGAUCUCGAUUUCUCCGAACGACGACACUUCCAACCCACCGUUUAAAGCGCAUCAUGUCGACACACAUACAAGACCAGGUCUACGCCAAUUCCAUCUCCGACCCCGAGACGUUCUGGGCCAGUCAAGCAGAGAGCGUACACUGGCACAAGAAGCCCACCAGAGCCUUUGAGAAAACCACAAAACACCUCAAGAAAAGCAAUGUCUCGCAUGACCAUUGGCACUGGUUCCCCGACGGUGAAAUAUCCACGACAUACAACUGUGUGGAUCGCCAUGUCGCGAACGGCAAUGGGGAGAAUGUAGCGAUAUAUUGGGACAGCCCGGUUACGGGACAGAAAGAACGAUAUACGUACAAAGAGCUGUUGCAAGAGGUGGAGACUCUGGCUGGUGUGCUGAGAGAGGAGGGCGUGAAGAAGGGUGACGUUGUGUUGAUUUACAUGCCGAUGAUUCCUGCUGCGCUAUUUGCGAUGCUUGCUAUUGCGAGAUUGGGCGCCAUUCACUCCGUCGUUUUCGGUGGCUUCUCACCUGCCGCGCUGGCACAGAGAAUUGAAGCGAGUCGACCUGUGGCGAUUAUGACUGCGUCGUGUGGGAUUGAGGGCUCAAAAGGACCGACAGAGUAUAAGAGUAUGAUUGAGGGAGCAGUGCACAAAAGCAGCUUCAAGCCAUCAAAGACGAUAAUUUGGCAGCGCGAACAGUUGCGAUGGGAUCCGGUGUUGAAAGAAGAGGGAGAGAGGAAUUGGCAACGACUGAUCAAGAGUGCGAAGAAUAGGGGGUUGAAGGCUGAUGCGGUGCCGGUAGAGAGUGGCGAUGGGUUGUACGUUAUUUACACCUCAGGCACAACAGGUACUCCGAAGGGAGUUGUUCGAUCUGCGGGAGGCCAUGCCGUGGGAUUGAAUUUCUCCAUGAAGUACCUAUUCGGCGUCCAAGGUCCCGGAGAUGUCAUGUUUACUGCCAGUGACAUCGGCUGGGUUGUUGGGCAUUCGUUCAUUGUUUACGCUCCUCUUCUGGUUGGCGCCACCACUGUUCUCUUCGAAGGUAAACCCGUUGGAACCCCCGAUGCGAGUACCUUCUGGCGUAUCGUCAAUGAGUACAAAGUGAACACUAUGUUCACCGCGCCAACAGCUUUGCGCGCCAUCCGUCGGGACGACAGCGAUAAUGAGUUCUUCGAGAAACGGUACGGAGAGAAAGGCGGUCUAAAGUCUUUGAGAUCGUUGUUCCUGGCAGGUGAAAGGAGUGAGCCGAGCAUUGUUGAAAGGUACCAGAAACUACUGGCGAAGCACUGUGCUCCCGGUGCUGUGGUUGUGGACAACUGGUGGAGUUCCGAGUCUGGCUCUCCGAUAUCUGGCAUUGCCCUCAGUGCUUCGGCAGGGCUGGACUUCUCCUCUACAGACCGACCAAAGCCGCUUCCUAUCAAGCCUGGGUCCGCUGGAAAGGCGAUGCCUGGGUUCGAUGUGAGGGUCGUAGACGAUGAGGGCAAAGAGGUGAAGAGAGGUGAGAUGGGGAAUAUCGUCAUGAGCAUCCCGCUGGCACCGACCGCAUUCACAACGCUAUGGGAAGACGAAGAACGCUUUUACAAAGGCUACAUGAAGAGAUUCGAUGGGAAGUGGAUCGAUACGGGCGACGCAGGAUUGAUUGACGAAGAAGGCUAUAUCUCGAUCAUGGCAAGGGCAGACGAUGUAAUUAACGUUGCUGCGCAUCGCUUUUCCACAGGCGCCAUCGAACAAGCCAUAACAACGCACCCUUCCAUCGCCGAAGCCGCCGUAAUCGGCAUCCCUGACGCCCUCAAAGGCCAUCUCCCUUUCGCCUUCGUCACGCUUGCUACACAUCCGCACCCUAGCCCUGCCGUUCCCGACUCCAAGCUUCUCGCCGAAGUACAAAAUUUGGUACGCGAGCAGAUUGGCGCCAUUGCAACCCUGGGUGGUGUCAUCCAGGGCAAAGGUAUGAUCCCUAAGACAAGGAGCGGGAAGACGUUGAGGAGAGUGCUGAGGGAACUGACGGAGAAUGCGACACAUGCCGAGUUCGACAAGGAAGUCAGUGUGCCGAGUACGAUUGAAGAUCGGGACGCGGUGGAUGUGGCGAGAAUGAAGAUUAGAGAGUAUUUUGAAGUCAAGGGGAAGCAUUUGCACAAGGCGAUUGAGACGAGGGCUAAGUUGUGAUGCUGGAAGAUGUUGAAUUUGGUAUGGAUAUAGUGAACGCCCGACCCUCUGUAGAUGCUGGUCCAGCCAGAGUGAUCAGAAUUGAUGUGUCGAACGUAUUGUUUGGAUCUGUAGUCUGUUCUCGAAGCCUGAAGAAUAGUGUUCUGGUGAGACAGCACUGUUUGUGACUUUCCAGUCGCGCCUGCCCUCUGUACUCGGUUGGCUCCUUCCACAUACUACACAAUAUUAAGAGUUACUUUCCCAAUCUG